GCAGGAGCCGGGCCAUGCAGCAGCCGCGGCGGCGGCGAGGCCCGGGGCGGUGUCUCGGGGCCGAGAGCGGCGGGCGCUUCCCCGCGGGCCUCUCCCUGAGUGACAGAGGCAGCAAGAAGCCGCCCGCGCCCCGCAGCUUCCCCCGCGCUGAGCCCGGCUGCCCCGCGCCCGGCUCGGAGAUGGCGCGGCCGCGCUCGGGCCGCUUCUCGCCGCCGCACUACCUGGACCCGUACGGCUCGGAGCCGGAGACGGCGGGCGGCGAAGGGGGCUGCUGCCCGUCCCCGACGUACCAGAAAGCGGGGCUGAGGAAGGGGCAGAAGAGCCGGGUCCCCCACCAGUCACGCCGCUCCUCCUCCUGGCAGCGCCAUGUGCCCCCGGCGCGGGAAGGGUAUGCGACCUCCCUGGACCCCUCCUGCACCAGCCUCUUCCGCGGGGACUGCCCGGGGCACCACGACAGCAGCCCCUCGGGCCGGGGCAGCCGGCUGGACGAGGCGCUCAGGGAGGACCAGUGGGCCAGCCCUGUGCAGAGGACCCGGGAGUAUGGCCCAGGUUUCAUCUCGGAGGCCAGCAAGCCCCUCUCCGCCUGCGCCUCCUCUUCCUCCUGCCAGCUGGAGGCCGCCCCCAGCAAGCCCGGGAAGAAAGAGCUCAAGAGCGAGGGCUGGCAGGAGGCGUGUGAGAGCAGCCCAAGCCUGAGUGACUUGAUGCACUCCUUUGCCAGACAGUAUGAAGAUGAGGAUGAAGAGGGUACACAGGCUGAAAACAAUUACCACAAACACCGCGUCCACCAUCCCCCGAGGUCAAGAAGGAGAGAGCCCCAGGUCAGCGUCCAUGAUCUAACUGAUAAGAGAUAUGAGGACUUAAUCCCUGAAAGGGACCGAAAGAUUGCAGCUCUGAUGAUGGCCAGGCAUCGGGAGGAGCAGGAUCUGAAAGAGAGGCAGCUGCAGACCUCUGAUGCCUGGGAUAAGAUGAGAGGGAGAGAGAAGAAGAUCAAAUCAAAACUGGAAAAAGAAAGGCAGCACCAUCUUGCUGAAAGCCUGGAGAAGUGGCAAAGGGACAAAGAGCACAGGAAAGCCAGGCUCAGGCUAGAAGAGCAAGAGCUUUUGAAGGCCAGAGAGAAAGAAAUGAUGUCACAGCACAAGAAGUGGGAAAAAGUAGCCGAGGAGCAAGAAAUGAGGCGGAAGGAAAAACGUGAAAGAACUAAAGUCCAGGCUGAGUACAGGAAACGCUGUCAAGAAAAGCAACUGAGAGAGAAAAGACUAGCUGAGAAGAAUGCUAAGCAGUACAACUAUAAUCUAUUAAAGGAAAAAAUGGUGCAGGCCUUUGAAAAAAGACUGUUGAAAGAAAUGGAGGGGAAGAAAAGGAGUCAAGAUCUGAACCAAUAUGAAAAAACCAGACACAGGCCCCUGAAAGCGCAAAUGGAUCACCAAGUCAAAGCCGAUGAGCUUUAUAAGAGGCUUUCUAUAGAACAAAAGCUUCAAAGAUCUCAAGAAAUCCUUGAUCAGCUGAUGGAAGAAAGGAACAAAGAAUUAAAAGAAAAAUCUCUAAGGGAUGAAGAACAAGGCCUAUUGGCCAAGUUUAGAGCAAAAGAGACUGAGGAAGAAAAAAGAAAGCGUAAAAAUAUGUUGCUGCAGAUAGCGGAGAUGAAGAUCCAGCAAGCCCGAGAAAUUAUGUCUAAAAAUAUCCAAGACAAAGCACAGCAUAGCAAGGAAAGUAACUAUUUAAAAGAAAUGAACCACCACUUUAGAAAACAAAAAGUUGAAGAUGAUGAAAAAUGUCACCUACAGGAAAUUCAGGAAGCCAUCAAAAGGAAAGAUGAAAAAAGCAAUAGAAUUUUAAGGGACAAGGAAGCUGCUGUUGAAGACUCUAGAAAAAUAGCCAGAGCAUCUUAUGACCUGAGAGAAAAAGUGAGAGAACUGAUUAACAGCCAUUCAUUUGACUAGAUGACUUUAGAAGUCCAUCACAAUGCAAGACUUCAUAAAGGGAUCUAGUAAGACUUAAAAAGAAAAAUUGCAAUCAUUCUUGUGCUAAAAUGAUGGCUUGCAAUACAUUCAUUUUGUGGCUUGUCUAGCUGCAUUGUAUUACACUAAAAUGGUUUCACCCUUAACCUGGGUGUGUCUCAAAUGUACUGAUCAUCUUCAAUAGGAUUAUGGCC